GAUCAGAGUAUCCACAGCAACUACGACGCCAUAUUCCGACAAAAUGACAGGAGAGACGGAAGGAGACAAAGUUGUAAUGUCCCCUCCACAUAUUUAUGUGGAGAGAACGUUAGCUGUAAUAAAGCCGGAUGCAGUUCAUAAAGCGGAAGAGAUCGAAGAUAUCAUUUUGCGAUCAGGAUUCGCUAUUUUACAGAAAAGAAGAGUACACUUAACACCAGAACAAGCCAGUGAUUUCUAUGCCGAGCACUAUGGAAAGUUAUUUUUCCCAAGCCUGGUUGCUUACAUGAGCCAUGGCCCAGUCAUAGCUUUGGUGAUUUCCAGGGAUAAUGCAAUCUCCUACUGGAGAGAGCUAAUGGGCCCAAACAACACAUUGAAAGCUCGACAGACGCAUCCAGAUUGCUUGAGAUCAAUCUAUGGCACAGAUGAUCAGAGAAAUGCCCUUCAUGGAAGUGAAAGCUUUACCAAUUCUGAAAGAGAAAUCAGAUUCUUUUUCCCCGAUAGCAUAGUUGAACCUGUACCUAUUGGACAGGCCGCAAAGGAUUACUUAGCCAAAUCUGUUAACCCCACUCUUCUCAAAGGACUCACAGAACUCUGUAAACAGAAGCCAAUCGACCCAGUGAUCUGGCUUGCUGACUGGCUCCUAGAAAAUAACCCCAACAAACCUUGUGUGAAGCAGCCAUUAGUCCAGGAAGCAUAGAUGAAGUCAACAAAUCAUUCUUCAUGUUCUCAUUCAUUUUAUUGUGAAACAACACCUAAAACGAAAGUCCCAUGGGAUUUGUGAAACAAUACCUAAAAACUCAUGGAAUUUGUGGAACAACUCCAGCAAACUUAAAAUGAAAUCUCUUGGAAGAAGUUUAGAUUUUGCAUAGACAUAUUAAAGGUGCCAACUAAGUGCAAAAAAAAAAAAAACUAUCAGAAUAAUACUAAAAUGUUAACCAUAGAAAAGCUGGUACUUUUCCACAACUUUUACAAAUAUUGUCACACAGUCUGUGUAAAGGGUUCAUAAACUGUUAACUAUAAUAGAUGUUGAGUACCAGUAUUCUCAGACUGACAUGACUUUAUUGUGUAUAUAAAUUUGUAUAUAACAUUUCUGCAUUAAAAUAUUGUAAAUAAAGCAGAUCUUGAACA